GCCUGGUGUCGAGGAGUCGGCGCGCUCUAUAUCUGAGUAUACGGCUCAACUUUGAACGCAAAGUUCACCGUGCACUGGACUAACGCGCACAGCCGCGCUCGCCGUGCGCCGCGGUGUCGGACCACAGGUGGAUUUGGUCUCUGGGGCUCGCUUGGCACCAGUCCCUGUUUCUGUUUGUUGAUUCCUCGUUCGUGCAUCAUCAGGGGACACGCGCCUCGCUGGUAUGAAGACUUCAUCACUGCGGUGGUAACAUGGAAGCGUCCAGCGGCUCCAGUUUUGGGAUAGACACGAUUUUAUCCAGCGCCUCCAACUCUGUGCUGAUGAACGGGGACUUCCGGACGGCGGACUUCAGGAGCCAGGCCACGCCGUCACCAUGCUCAGAGAUAGACACUGUGGGCACGGCCCCCUCAUCCCCCAUCUCCGUCACCAUGGAGCACGGCGCCGACCCGCAUCUGGUCCAGCAGGACAGCCUUCAGCAUCACCACCAUCACCACAACCAGCCGCAGAGUUUGCCGUUGUCACCUCAGCAGCAGCCGCUGGCGGGGCCCGGCUGCGCCCCGAGGACUGCCACCUCGUCCUUUUUAAUCAAAGACAUUUUAGGGGACAGCAAACCGCUAGCGGCGUGCGCGCCCUACAGCACCAGCGUGUCCUCACCCAAACCGGAAAGUGCCGCUGCUCCGGACGGCAUCAGGCCCAAACUGGAACAAGACGAACCCCGAAGCAAACUGGACAAAAGAGACGAGCUGCAAAGCGACAUCAAGUGCAACGGGACUAAAGAAGAAGGCGACCGGGAAAUCUCCAGUAGCAGGGACAGUCCGCCGGUGCGCACGAAAAAACCCCGCAAAGCACGCACGGCCUUUACGGACCACCAGCUGAACCAGCUGGAGAGAAGCUUCGAGAGACAAAAAUACCUCAGUGUGCAGGACCGCAUGGACCUGGCUGCGGCCCUCAACCUGACAGACACGCAGGUCAAGACCUGGUACCAAAACAGACGGACCAAGUGGAAGCGGCAGACCGCGGUGGGUUUGGAGCUCCUGGCGGAAGCCGGAAACUACUCGGCCUUACAGAGAAUGUUCCCGUCGCCGUAUUUCUACCACCCGAGCCUGCUGGGCUCCGUGGACAGCACCACGGCGGCUGCGGCGGCCGCAGCCAUGUACAACUCCAUGUACCGGACUCCUUCCGCGCCGCACCCGAGCCUCCAGAGACCCCUGGUCCCCAGGGUGCUCAUCCACGGCCUCGGGCCGGGGGGGCAGCCGGCCCUGAACCCCUUGUCGAACCCCAUGCCCGGCACACCGCACCCGCGAUAAAAAAAAAAAAAA